AUGAAUAUCAUUAUAAUCCUUUUCGGGAUAUUAUGUUUAUUGUUUGGUAAUUGUUAUUCUCAAGCUAUUUUAAAGGCAUCACCAGAGGUUUUACAACAAUCAGGUGAUUUUAUAGAGAUUUCAUGGCAAGGUAUUGAAAAUCCAACACCAAUGGAUGCUUUGGCUAUUUACUUCCCAGUCGAUUCAAACAUUACUGCUCCAGUAGGUUAUAUUUUACUUUCAAAUUCUUCAACUUGGAGAGAAGGAUAUGGUUCAAUGUCAAUAAAGUUGGUAAAUGUUCGUGAUAACUAUUUAUUCAGAAUCUGGGUGCCUGGAAACGUACCACCAACCAUCACCUAUGACAAGAUUAUGUUGACAAAUGUAGCCACCUCCAAUGUUGUCACCUUUGAGAAUCUUAAUAUGCCAGGCAAACAGUAUCUCUCACUGACCAACAACACCGAUGAGAUGCGUCUCAUGUGGAUCUCUGGUACCGACGACACCCCAAUCGUUAUGGUUGGAACAUCGCCAUCGUCUCUGCUCGAUAAAUUCACCGGUACCACUGUUACCUACACCAUCAAUCAGAUGUGUGAGAAGCCUGCAAUCGAUCCACUCUAUUUCCGUAAUCCCGGAUUUAUCCACGAUGUUAUCAUCAGCGGACUGGAUCACGCCACCGAAUACUACUACACUUUCGGAAGUAACAACGAUGGAUUCGCCGGUCCAUUCAGCUUCAUCAGUGCACCGGCACCAGCUUCCGAGGCCUAUAUCAUUGCAUUUGGUGAUCUUGGUGUUAUGCCAUCUUUUUACCCGGCCAACAGCGACGCUCAAACACCGGCACCACAGACUGUUGCCAACGUCUACCAAACUGUGAUGGCACCAAUCUCUCACAGUCCACUCGCGAAAAAACUCGGAAAGAAAUCGGUAAACGGACUUAACCAAUCACCAACCUGGACAGUACUCCACAUUGGUGAUAUUUCAUACGCCAGAGGAUAUGCUUUCCUUUGGGAUUAUUUCCAAGAUUCAAUGGCCGAAGUACUUGGUCGUGCUCCAUACAUGGUUUCAAUUGGAAAUCAUGAAUGGGAUUAUAAGAAUCAAUCAUUCAAUCCAAGUUGGAGUGAUUACGGUACUGAUAGUGGUGGUGAAUGUGGAGUUCCAUAUAACACUAGAUAUCAUAUGACAGGUGCAGAGAAUACUCCCGAGAGAAAUCUUUGGUAUUCAUUCGAGAAUGGACCAAUUCACUUUACUGUGAUGUCUGCUGAACACGACUUUUUAGCUGGAUCACCUCAAUACGAAUGGCUCAAGCAAGAUCUCGCAUCUGUCGAUAGAACCAGAACACCAUGGGUUGUAUUCAGUGGUCAUCGUCCAAUGUAUGACUCUGCACUACCGGGUGACGAAAUUGGUCUUAAAACCAAUCUUCGUUUAAAUAUCGAACCACUUUUAAUUGAAUAUGAUGUUAAUCUCUGUCUUUGGGGUCAUGUUCAUGUUUAUGAAAGAAUGUGUGGAUUAAAUAAUGGUACAUGUGCACAAUCUGAUAACGAUGCUCCAGUUCACGUUUUAAUUGGAAUGGCAGGAAAUACUUAUCAAGUACCAUGGACUGCUACCGAUUUGGACAAUGGAAACGGUCAUGAAAUUCAACCAGAUUACUCUAUUUUCAGAGCUAUCAACUAUGGUUACACCAGAUUCUACGCCAACACUACAUCAUUGUAUUUCGAAUAUGUUGGUAACAAUAGAAAUCUAGUACACGAUAGCUUCUGGUUAGAGAGUAAAUAUUGA